UCAAAAUUCGAAACUUGUGUGAAUGAUGAACGAUGUAUCGAUUGUAUCAUUAUCGCUAUUAUUAUUGUUAUCAAUAUCGAUAUCAUCGAUAUUUGCUACUGAUGUUGUUUAUAAAAAGACAGUUAAAGUACCAAAAUUUGGGUGGAUACAACAUGUGAAACCUGAAUCGGAAAUUUACAUCAAAAAACCUGGUCGUUAUUCAUUAUAUAUGAAUGAUGAAAAAUUAUUGAAAACCCUUGGAAGAAUAUAUUUUUAUACACCAAUAUCGAAUGCAUCGAUUGGUAUCUAUAUUGAUGUACGUAAUGGUAGCUGUAUUGCUGGUGAAGAUUUCAUAAAUUUUCAUGAUGGUUGGGAAUUUCCAAAUGGUCGUCGAUUUCCAUCACCUGGUCAACAUGUAAAACGAUUUGAAAUGCAAAUUUGUGAAGAUAAUCAAGUGCCAGAAUUGAAUCCAUUCUUUUUUAGUUCACAAAAUUUUGCAAUGUUAACAUAUCGUAUACCGGUGAUUAAAAAUGGAUUCACAUUUACAUUUAUACUCAGAGAUAUUGAUAAACCAUGUAAUGUCAUGUUUUAUGAAGAGCCAUAUAAUAUAUAUGGCACUGGUGGAAGAGCACCAUUUAUACGUGAUAAAUAUGUGUUGAAAAAUUAUCGUCGUGAAAUUAAUUGUUCGGCUUAUAUAUUUCAACAACGUAGACAUAAAUAUUCACCAUACAUACGACUAGUUCGUACAAAGAUUGGACCAAAAAUAAAACGCAAUGAUUCAGAAAUCAUACAUAAUUAUCAUCCUGAAUCGUGUGAAACAUUAAAAGCAAAAGAUUAUGUUGAAAUCGGUGGCGAUUCAAAAUUCGAAUUAGAAUCACAUGAAUUUGAAGUUUCUUUUGAUUUCUGUCCCGAACAUGGUUAUCAUUUAAUAUCCGAUACACCUAAUGAUAUAAUGAUCAAUUGUCGUAUAAUAACAAUACGUUUAGUAUCAAGUGGUAUAUAUGCAAAUAAGAUUCAAUUUAAAUUUCUACCACCACGUAUGAGAUAUGUUUGUGAUUGGCAAUAUAAUCUCGAUUCAAAUUAUGAUAAU